AUGUCACAAAAUUUAAAAGGUCGCCGAGGAAAGAAAAAGAGAAUAGAAGUUAUGAAGCGGACGAGAAAAACAGAUGUGAAUACCUCAAAGGUCACAACACCCUGCCAUGACACAUAUGAGGAGGCUGAGUCUACCAGUGAAGAAAGUGACACAGACUCAUUGAAUGAAAUGUUUCCAUCAGGCAAAGAUCCAUCUUCAAAAUUGAAAACGUCAAUUAAAAAUACAAAGAAGAUGCCGCCCAAGCUGGUAUUUCUACGAGACAGUGACAGCCAGGUCUAUAAAGAGCCAAAGGCAUGUUGUAAUAGUGAUUUAAAAACCUACAGACCAAAAAGCGCGAAAGACACUUCAACACAGUCAUUCAUUUCAAGACCAUCUACUAAAAGAAUGACCAGUCGUACAACAAAAACCAGAAACGCAGAUGAAACCAAUACCACCAACAGAUCUCCACAAACAAAAUCUGGAUUCCAUGACAUGUUGCCAAAGUUUCCAGACACCUUUAGAUGAUAAGA